AGAGAAGAGAGAGAGAGAGAGGCUCCCAUGGCGGGUCUCGGAUCUCCACCUGCCAGCGAUAGCCCGGGUGGUUGGGGCGAGUUACCCGUCGACAUCCUCAUCGUUCUGCUGUUCGACUACCUGGACUGCUUCAAGGACCGCCUCGCCGUCGCCGGAGUCUGCAAGGCGUGGCGCCGCGUCGUCUCCGACCUGCGCGCGCCGCCGAUCCCCUGGCUUCUCCUCCCACACCGCGGCGCCCUCCCUCCCUCCUUCGUCUGCCUGCUCGGCAACGGAGGUAACCCCCACGACCACCCCGUCCCCGCAAUCCUGCACCACAUGCCGCGGCAUAUCAGCUCGGCGAGGCAGGGGGGCUGGAUUUUGGUGGGAACAAAGGAUCGCAACUAUGAGCUGGUGAAUUUCAACUCGGGCGCGCGGCUAAGCCUCCCACACUGUAUGCGGGACAUCCGCGACCGCAUCAGCGAUCAAAGGUUCGUCCGCAUCAGCGCCGCCGCCAUAUCGCCGCCGCCUCCCGGACUCGGGUAUGUCGACCCAACGGCCCUCUCCGACUCCACCUCCGCGGCCCUCCAUGUCUCCCCACUCUACGAGACCGAGUACACCAUUCCAGUUCCAGGCUUCACCAUCGCCGCCAUCAUGGUGGGGAAUACCCAGCUCGCCUUCUGGCCACUUGCUAAUAGGACGAUCUGGACACCUGCGCCAAGGAACGCGGGGGGUUUGGCGGGGGGGCCUGGAGGACGUCAUCUUCUACAACGAGUCAUUCUGUGUCCUGACUCGCAACGAGAACAUUCUCAAGUACCACAUGCCACAGGCACAGAACAGAGCAUGCACAGUAUGCGCUCGGGGAGGUGCAUCUUCUAUCCAAGGCCACCCGGAGUCGCGCCUGAGCCGGUCGUUGCCCGCUUCCUAGUGGAGAGCCGCGGGAGGCUUCUCAUGGUGAUCCAGAUCGCGCCUCUCGCAGACGUGCUUGGUGAGCCUCGCCUCACCACAGGCUUCAGAGUCUUCUCCAUGAAAAGCCCUACCGGCGAGCUUGGUCUGCACCGUUGGGUCGAGGAAGAUCUUGGCAACCGCCUGAUCUUUGUUGGGCGAGGCUGCUCACGCUCCUUCAAUACAUCGGACCUGCACCUGCGCUCUGGCAUUUAUUUCCUCGACACGAGUACCUUUGAUGUGGUCAGGCCCAAGGUGUACCCUAACAAUGACAUGGGCGUGUGGCUGCCCCACGGCUUGGUCGACCGACCAUUUCCAGAUCAGGAGGUCUCCUCAUCGGUAGCGCCAGCAGUCUGGGCGCUGCCCUUCAGGAUUCAAGGAGGUGAUAGCACUGAAGAAACUGCCGAGGAGGAGCUGCUUGAAACGCAUGUACAAGAAGAUGAUGUUCAUGGAAGAUGAUGUGGUUGCUAGCUUGAUCUGGUUACCUUUACUGUUCUGGAGUUAGCUUUUUGAUUUUGCUCUUCACUGAAGAUGGUGCUUGAGAUGCGGGUCGCUGAAGAAGAUGAUCUCCAUUGAAGAUGGUGCUGGAGAUGGGUGAAUAGCUCCCAUGCGACGUCGUUGGUGUGAACUGUCUCUCAUGCGACGUCGUUGGCUGUAAUAGCUUGCAUGCGACAUCUUCGUUGGAAAAAAUAGCUCCCAUGCGACACACCAUUUACGCGGCUAGUUGGCUGUCCGUUAGGCUGAGAUUUGGUUAGGACACUGGGGGUUAUGUGCUCUGACUGGUGGGGUCCACCUAUGGCCACGUAGUCAAGAGUCAACCGUCCACGACUCGACCGGCGACUGGGCGAGCGGCGCCGCCGUAAGCAUCUUCUCCGGCAGUGGUUUCUUCUCCGCGGUGGUGGAGUGCAUUUCUCGGCAGCGGCAGAGCUAUUGCGAGAAUCGGGCUCCAUUGGAUCCGGGGGUUGUUUCUUCUCCGCGGCCCGGUGGUGGAGCGCCUAUCCCUGCAGCGGCUAUUGCGAGAGAUGGAGCGAGGGCUAGAUGAGAUGGAGCGAGGAGACGGGCUGCCCCGAGGAGACAGUGCUUCAAAUCGGGGAGGUUCAGGUUCUGCCACCACAUUCGCAAUUAGAGUGGAAUUUUUUUCCUGUAAAGCCAAGCUCAGUGAUGGCAGUGUCCAAGACAUUGAUAGAGAUACCACCGUGAGGUUGGAUGUCGAUUUUGCAGAUGUUGAUCCCCAGGAAUUGGAGAUCAUGAAGGAGAAGGCCGUGGGCAAUUUGGUGGAGAGAAUUGGGGAGAGUAUUGUUUGGGGUCCAGAACAAGAGGUAUCUCUGCAACGUUUCGAUAACUAUAAUGGUGAAUAUGUGAGAAUUGAAGAUGGAGAAUCCAUGGUUGCUGAAAUUGAUCAGCAAGGAGGAUGGGCAAGCAAACAAGUAACAUUUUAUGCAGAGCUAAUUGAUCUGCAAACUCAUUCCAGAGUUGGUUAUGUGCCAUCAAAGAUGGCUGCACAGAUGGAAGAUGAUGAGUGGGUUUCACAAAAGAAGAUGUUGGCAUUGUUGACUGAACCGACUAUAGUAGCUGAAGAUACUGGGAUUGAUGCAGAUGGAGAGGAGGGAACCCAUGGUGCUAGGAAGAUUGUUGUUGACUGGAAUGUAGUAGAGUUGAAUGAAAAAAUAGAUUUGGUCAUUACACCAAUAUCUGACAUUGAUAUGGCCGAAAUGUUUGGCAUUCAAGUUGAUGACAAAGAUAAGGAGAAGGAUGACAGUUCUUUGCCAGCUGAAGGUAACACAGGCCCUAGAAAUGCAAAUGAGGAUGAAGAACACCUGAUGAGAGAGGCUGCAGAUGAUGUGGAUGAUGCAGAUGAUAAUGAGCUGGUUUGUUUGUAUGACAAAGAGAACCCAGUUAUUGAGGUGGGAAAGUUGUGGCCAAGCAUGAAGGAGUUUAGGAUGUCUUUCAGGA